AUGGCCGGCCGGGGAAGAACAAUCAUAAUUAUCGCCUUUUUCGUGUUGUCUUUCGCUCAUCUCGCCGUUGGUCGUAAACGUCGUCAUCGUGGACCCGAGACGGUUUUUAAUGUGUUGAAAUUUGGUGCCAUUGAAGGUGGUACCGAAGAUUGUACCGAGGCAUUUGUGAAUGCUUUUAUUGCGGCAUGUAAAGGGCCUCAAGCGAAGGGAAAAACUAGGUUGGUUGUACCCCAAGGAGUAUUCCUUGUGUCUGCGUCGAUCUAUCAAGGGCCGUGCACAGCAAGUUCGAUUGUGGUAGAAAUCUUGGGGACAAUAAAAGCCGACACUGACAUAUCAAAUUAUCCAGAUAACGCGUGGUUGAUAUUCGACUCCAUUGACAACAUGCUAAUCACCGGCUCGGGAAGAAUAGAUGGACAAGGCGAAAAGGUUUGGGAAUACAAUGACUGCAAGAGGAAUGCCGCUUGCACGCAUCUCCCAUCCGUAAGUUGA